AUGGUGAGUGUUUCUUUGAGAUGGCACGAUGAAUUGAUAAGGUUCGUAAGUUGUUGUCUCAAUUUACUUACUUCAAUCAACGCUUUAUGUCGAACACCCAACUUCGCGCAAACUUCUUCACUGCCCUUUAAAAACAUCACUUAA